CCCAGUCAGCAAUCAUCCUAGAUAUGUCUGUGGACUGAGGGGCUAUGGAGAAGUUCCUGAUAUUUUCAGUAUCUGACCCCUUCAAUAUUUCUUUAUGAAUAAAACAAGGUCAAACCAAGAUAUAGAUGAACUUUAUUGACUAUAUAGUGCUUUCCAUUAAAUGUUUUGUAUUGGGUUUCAGUUUUUCUUGCCCUUUAUUAGACACAACUGUUUUGUUUCCAUGCUACAGUGUUUUUAUUUUUGAAACUGGCAUUGAGAAAGGUCGUUAUUUUUUGGUCCUGUUUUGAAUUCUAGACGUUUUGGUCAUCUGGGUAAUUGAGUUUCUGUCUGCCGUGUUCGUGUUCUGUCGUUUCUUCACAAGAUUUGGUUUGGUGAAAGUGAGUUUUGUUGGGUAUUUCAGAUUUUGUUGUUCUGUAUAAUUUCGUCGGUGGGUUUGAGUGGUGAGGAAAGAUUAAGGUAGUUAAAUUGGUAGUUGGAUUUUUGGUUUCAAUUCACGGGAAUAUAGAUGUGUCACAAGAAAGGUGUAGUAGAGGGAAAGCUCCAGAUUCUCAACUGCUUCUUUGAGCCUUUUUCUACUCCAAAUAAGUAGCUUUUUCAGAGUUUUUGGGGCUCUACUUUUAAGGUUUUGUUUUGGGGAGAGUUUCUGUCCUGUUAUUUCUUCCAUUGAUGCCCUUGUUCUGUUUGUAAAAUGAACCAUUCUGGAGCAGAAAGUGAUCAGAGAGCAGCAGUCCAUGUCUCAAAGGACAAGAAUGGAAUUGACCAGGUCUUGCUUCGGAACCCUCGAGGAGCUUCAGCACUGGUUAGCUUGCAUGGAGGGCAAGUUCUUUCAUGGAAGACCGACCAUGAUGAAGAAUUAUUAUUCACAAGCAGUAAGGCAAUCUUUAAGCCACCAAGUGCAGUGAGAGGAGGAAUUUCAAUUUGUUUCCCGCAGUUUGGAACCCGUGGAUUGCUGGAAAAACAUGGG